UUGAUUAAAUUCAGGCAGGCAACGCGCCGCUCGUUUGCACUUUAUUCGCUUUCAACCGUGACCUUUGAUAUCGAAAAUUAUAAAAACAAACAAUUCGCGUUCCGAGUCGAGCUGUACUGUAGACACCUUGCCCAGUCCUAGUCGAUCUCGGUCGGUUUGCGGUGACUGUAGAUAAGUUAGAAACGUUCCGUGGAAAUUGGAAAUAAUGGGUACUUGCGGCGUGGUCACGGCGGUCUUGAUGGCCAUCUUCGUGGGGUAUUCCUACGUGAAGAUCAAGCCCCUGCUGGAGUUCCCGGAGAAGCCCGAUUUGGGCGAGAAAUGGUGGAAGGCUUCGAAGCCGGGCAAAGUCGAUACGACCAUCCGGCCGUUCAAAAUCCAAGUAUCCGAUCAGAUUCUGGAUGAUCUGAAAUAUCGCUUGGACAAAACGAUGCCUUUCCAGAGAUCCCUGGAAGGCACCGCGCAGCACUACGGCAUGAACGACAAGCUCAUCGCCGACAUCGUGGAUUUCUGGAAGACCAAAUACGACUGGAAGCAGCGCGAGAAGCUGUUGAACAAAUAUCCCCAAUUCAAGACCAACAUCCAAGGAUUGGACAUCCAUUUCAUCCGCGUGAAACCCGCGAAGACCGCCGGCGUUAAAGUCGUACCUUUGUUGUUGCUGCACGGAUGGCCUGGAUCCGUCAGGGAAUUCUACGAAGCCAUACCGAUUUUAAGCGCCCCGAAGAAAGGGCAGAAAUUCGCGUUCGAAUUGAUCGUACCGAGCCUACCAGGUUUCGGAUUCUCCGAGGCCGCCGAAGUGCCUGGGCUGAGCAUACACGAAAUGGCGGUGGUCAUGAAGAACCUGAUGGGUCGCUUAGGCUUCGACAAGUACUACGUUCAAGGGGGAGAUUGGGGUGGAAUUAUCGCGCACUGCAUGAGCGUGCUGUUCCCGGAGAAGAUCAUCGCGAUGCAUUCCAAUUUCUGCGUUGCUAACGGUGUAAAAUCCAUGUUGAAGCUAGCCGCUAUGUCCUAUUUCCCGUCGCUGGCGGUGGAAGAAAAGUACCAGCAUUUGGUCUUUCCCAGAAUGGAGAAAAUGAUGGACUUGAAUUUGGAACUUGGGUAUUUGCACAUUCAAGCCACUAAACCUGAUACUAUAGGAGUGGCUUUACGAGAAAGUCCUGCCGGUUUAGCUGCCUACAUUAUAGAGAAAUUCACCUCGUGGACGGAUCCCAAGUGGAAGGGCUUGGAAGACGGAGGAUUAACUAAAAAAUUCAAAAUGGAGGAUAUACUCGACAACGUGAUGAUCUACUGGGUGACCAGAUCUAUGACGACAUCUCUGAGAGUGUACGCGGAAACCUUCAACAAGGCCUCUUAUGCGCUGAUGGUUGAUUAUAUGCCAACGGAAGUGCUUGCUGGUUGCGCCGCCUUCACCAACGAAAUGAUCUUUUUCCCGGAAUCGAUAUUGAAGGAUAAAUACCCUAAUCUGAUUCAUUACACCGUGAUUGAAGGAGGUCAUUUUGCAGCGUUUGAAGAACCCCAAUUAUACGCCGAUGAUGUCGUGCAGUUUGUAAAUAAAGUUGAAAAUAUGCAACAGAAACCACCUACCAGUUGAUCAGUUCGUUAACAUUUAUGUUUUUUAUUAGUGACAAAGUUGAUUUUUUUAUAAAAUGUGAUCUUUGAUUUAAUUGUAGUUGUUUUAGUAACGAUUGUUUUAUUAGAAAUUGUUGUAGUGAUUUUAAAUUUUCUCGAUAUCGAUGCAAUAUAGAAAUUUUUUGAUAGAAUCUA